AAAAUUUCAGUAUAAAAACGCAGCCAGAAAUCAAUAUUGAGCCACAGAAUACAACUGCCUACGCAGCAUACAAGCACAACUGAGAGCAACGCGCUACUAAAAUAUAACCGCUAAAAUUAAUUAAUAUUCGUAAGGAAAAUGAAGACAAUCGUGCUUAUCGCCGGACUCAUCCUCUGCUCCUUGUGCCUGUUAAAUGGCGCUAGCGCUGUACCUGUGGGUAGCGAUGACUCGGAAUUGAUGACGCUAAACGCUGGAGCGGAUGCUGAGCAUUUGGUUACUUUAAAUCGGCAAAAACGUUUCACUUGUAAUGUGCUCAAAAGCCCUCCGGCAUGCUUUGCUCAUUGUUUAGCACUGGGUAAAAUACGUGGCGGUUACUGCAGGAACGGUACAUGCAUUUGUCGUCAGUAAAAAGGGAUUAUUUGGUAACUGGUAACUGGUAACUGGAAACUUUUAAUGUUUUGAAAAUUGUUGUGUAUAUUAAAAAUGAAAUGAAAUAAAAGGUAUUGAAAACCGUA